AUGACCGCGCCGCCUAACACGAACACGAAAGCAGAUACCAUCCUUUCACCUGCACAGACCCUCGUCGACGGACGCCUGCCGCAGCUGUACUCGCCUUUCAGGCGGUAUCUGCUCCUCAUCGUGUUCUGUUUCGCACAAUUCCUGGACUCGUUCAAUAAUUCGGCUCUCUUCUCUGCUAUUCCCGACCUAGAGAACUCGCUGGACAUCACGGCCAGCGAGUCGGCCUGGAUCAUCAGCGCAUUCCAAUUGACGUUCGCGUCCUUUCUGCUCAUCAGCGGUCGCAUAAGUGACGUGUACAAUCCGAAAGUAGCUUUUACCGGAGGCAUCGCCGCGCUUGGGGUCAUUUCUAUUGGCGCCGGGUUCUCCAAAGAUAAAAUCACUAUCAUUGUGCUUCGAGCACUGAGCGGCAUCGCUGCGUCAAUGACGAUUCCCUCUGCGCUCUCGCUGCUUGUCGCUGUCUUCGUUGAGCCCACUGAGCAAGCGCGUGCCAUUGGUGUCUUCGGCGGCUGCGGCGCUGUAGGGAAUGUCCUCGGUUUAAUUAUAGGCGCGAUCUUCGUCCAGUAUGCCUCGUGGUCCUGGGUGUUCUGGUUCGUCGCGAUGGUCGCGUUCCCGAUCGCGAUCAUUUGCCUAGUGCUAGUGCCCCCUCAAGAGGAGAAUAUCCACAUUGAGGGCAAGAAAUGGAAGAGUCUUGAUCUCGGUGGAGUGUCCGUGCUUACAGCCGCUCUAAUUUUGUUCAUCUUUGCCGUCACCUCUGGCUCUGCUUCUGGCUGGGGUUCCGCAACGGUGAUUGCGCCACUCGUCAUCUCUGUCCUCAUGGUCGUGGCAUUCUUCUACUAUGAGACCCGUAUACCCGUUUCGACUGCGGCAGUGCCCCCGAAAACAUGGUUCCUGCCCAACUUCUCCGUACUUUUCGGUACUGCUCUCUUGCCAUACUUCUGGUGGACCACGAUCUUUACGACAUUCACGACACUCUGGCAAGACGUCUACCACUGGUCCGCUAUUUCUACUGCUAUCCAUAUGAUUCCGAUCGGCGUGCUCGCGUUUUCGAUGAGCUUCACCGGCCCGCUCUCGCGCAUCAUCAAUUCGAAAUGGAUAAUCCUCUCCGGCGAAGGCCUGCUUGUCAUCGCCACCAUCCUCCUCGCAUUCGCCGACGGCCCAGACAAAUACUGGCCCUUCGUCUUCCCCGCGUUUGUCCUGGGCAGCGCCGGCGCGAUGCUCACGUACACGCACACCAAUAUCGCCAUCUUCCAGACCUCGCCUGCAUCCAUGGCCGGCACCGUCGGCGCGAUCUUCAACGGCGCGUUGCAGCUCGGUUCCGCGGUCGGCAUCGCUGCGGUGGACUCGAUCGAGACGAGCGUAGAGGAAAAGGAGGGCGUGAGCAACUAUGCUGGCGAGCGUGCGGCAUUUUGGUUCCUCUUAGGCAUCGUGGGCCUCGAGUGGAUUUCGAUGCUGGUGUUUUAUAGGGUGAGGAAGGAGAGCGCUGACGACGAUGCGGACGAGAAGGAGGAGAGUAUGGACGAGGAGAAGGGUGGGGCGAACAUGGAUGGCGUGCAAUACCUUGAAAGAAACGGCCCCGACGAAGACACGUGCAACAAGGGGUACUCCGAGAAGGAUGCGAGCGACAUAGAAAUCUCACAAGUUUGA